AUGUCGACACGAAACGCACGCCUUCGCGACCUCUCCAUGCGCAUAUUUUACAAGAACUAUGCCUAUCUCAUGGAGGUUGAUGCAGAGGUAGAAGAGUACGGCCAGAUGAUGGAUGAGCUUCGCACUCUGUCCAAGAACAUCUCCAUUGAUUAUCUGUCUCUCAGCCCCAAAGACUUGCGAGAGGUGCACCUCAAGCGAGCCAUCAUGACGGAAAAGAUCAACACCAUUUUACCUCAAAAGCUAUUCCAACUUAUUACAGCCAAGAAGCAGUUUGAGUUAGAGGUUCUUGAACAGCACAAAGCACUGGAGGCCGAUAUCCGGGAUGGAGACGAAGAAGACAGUCAGGCGACGCCAAUUCCAGAGGGAUAUUUAUGGGCACAGGUCUGGUCCGGCUACGACAUCGACGAAAGAGUUUGCGACAUCCUUGCUAGAGCUCCUCGCUCUGUCUUACUAGCAUUUGCCGCAUUCUUUUCCAAGAAGAAUAUGGAGCUUCCUAUAUGCUUAGUGCCAUUCAUCGAGGCAGCUGCAUGUAAUAAGAUUGUGCUUCCAACAUCAAGCAAUCUUACUAAAGCUAGCCUGGGUCCGUAUUCGUUGAUGAGGAGCAUCGUUUGCUCUCCGAACUAUAAGGUGCCCGAGUUUUGUUAA